AUGUUUAGAAUCUGCAGCCGCGAUGCCAAGACGAUCUACCAAGCCAAAGUCGAUUCCAUGAUCCAGCUUGCGAGCGAGGUUCAGUAUCGUAUUCUUACGAAGCAGUUCCAACCGGUCAUGAGGACAUUUUACAACCGAACUGCGUUCCAGCUCCCAGGAGAUCCCCGUGUACGGAUAUCGCUUGAUAUAGAACUCACCAUGGCUCGUGAAGACAACUGGGACAGUCGGUCGCGUGCUGGUGAUAACUGGCGACGGACUGACAUUGGCAUCGACCAUCCUUUUGACCAACUGCCAGCGGAGGAUAAGGAGCUUUUCAAAAGUCAAGCUUCAGACCCAGUUCGGACAAGAGCCUCCCAAGUGAGCACGGACCUCGUUCAAUCCUACCUCGUCGAAGCUGUUCCCAAGUUCAGGACUAUCGCUAGUAAAUUUAUCCAUGGUUGCGUUGCCUUGCUGCCAAAUCGUGUAGAUCUUGUGCCAUUCUGGCUGCCCCAAAUGGACACCGAUAUCCUUGAGCCCAACACGGGUUACCUCACUGUCGAGCGCCCCGCAAAGAGCGCUCCCGAGCAACAGUCCGGCGUCCUCUCGCCCGUGCACUCCUAUGUUGAGCCCGUCUCAGAGGGCGAAGAAGAUGAGGAGAUGGAUUUGGCGCCUGCCAGAGAUGAAUUUCGGCGCACGGGGUUACCCCACGAUGACGUCGCGGCAGCCAUCGCAUUCCGCGAGAAAUCUCUCAAGGAACGCGAUAUGUCUACGCCUCAGUUUAGCGAGGGCAGCAGUUCUCGCGAGGAGGUGUGCGAUGAGCGGACACCAUUGUUGAAGAUGCCACGGCCGCUGAUGGCAGAGAGGACCGUGUCGAUCGACCCGCUUGCGCCUUCUUCUGCGUUUGAUGAGCGCCUGCGCGAACGUUUGCAGGCGAAGAAGAAUGUGCCGCCUCGUGCGCAAGAGGAGGUGCGGGAGGCUGCUGGUUUGGCAGACCCUUCAGUCACAUUGGAUGUAGAAGUGGUGCCCCGGAUGUGCCAAAAGGCCGUAGAAUAUGUCCCAGCCAGCACCGGCCUGGCCAGGUAGAUAUGUGGCUGGCCGGUUCGUAGAAGUGGGCACGGCCAGUGUACCUUGAACUCUGCUUAGGUACCGAAGGAAUGUGUAGAGCGAGAACUGGCCGGCCAUGUAGGAC